GUCCCUGUGUGUCCUCACCUCAUAUCAGCCCCCACGGUAUCUCUCUCUCACUUACUCACUCGCUCACUGACUCUUCCCACACUCACCACUGUACGUACGAGAGACUUACUUGUAAAGGCCACAGGGGAAAGACUUGACGUGUUUGAAGUGCGAUUGAAAUGUAAGAAGUGAGAGAGAAUUUAGUGUGGUUUGGAAAUAUAGAUAGAAAAAAGAAGUUUGCUUUGAAGUGACUUUUUUUUCUGUGUUCUGUGAUUGUUUUAAGGAAGUGAAGGAGUGAAGUGGAGUGAAAAAUGAUACGUGACAGAUUAGCGGAACUGAGAAAGGCUCAGGAUGACCUGGACGAGGGUGCCACGGUGGAGCUCAAGGUGGAGAUCACGGCGGAAGAGGCCUCCAGGAACCGCUUCUUCUCUCAGAUCGAGGAGGUGACGGAGGGAAUAAGGAAGAUUGAAGCCGCAGUGAACCAGGUUCGAAAGAAACACAGCGAAAUAUUAUCCUCCACCGACAGUGAUGAUGGGAUCAAGAAGGAGCUGGAUGACCUCAUGGCGGACAUCAAGAGAACAGGAGCCAAGGUCAACGCCAAACUGAAAGAGAUCGCCCCGCAGGAUGUAGACAAGGAGGACAGGUUCGGCGCGGACAUACGGAUUCGGCGCUCCCAACACGCGGCGGCCACCAGGCAGUUCGUGGAGGCGAUGACGCAAUACCACCACGUGCAGGAGGAGUACAGGGACAAAUGCAAGGACAAGAUACACAGGCAGCUACGGAUUACCGGCAAGGACCCCACGGAGGAGGAACUGGACGAAAUGCUGGAGAAGAACAACAUCGACAUCUUCACACAAGGAAUCAUGAUGGAGACAGCACAGGAGCGGCAGCGGUUGGCAGACAUUGAGGAACGCCACCAGGAGAUAAUGAAGUUAGAGAAUUCCUUGCGAGAACUGCACGAUUUGUUUAUGGACGUGGCAGUGUUAGUGCAGAGUCAGGGCGAGACCAUUGACAACAUAGCGGCCCAUGUGUGCAGUGCGAAGGACUUUGUGGAGGAUGCGAAGGUGGAGACAAGCCAGGCACUCCAAUACCAGAAGAGUGCGAGGAAGAAAAUGAUAAUCUGUGGCAUCAUCGGUGUGGUGAUCGUGGUGAUCCUGCUUGUGGUGAUUAUAGUGAGCGUCUAGCCAUGUCAGGUCACCAAGUUAAGGUCACCACACCACCUGGAUCACCGAGAGGUCAGAAAGUCACAAGGACACUGAGGUCAAGAGUUACCUGGUUUAAAUUCAUCAAGUCAGUUACCAGGUUAAGGUCACUAGGUUAAGGUCACCAAGUUAAGGUCACUAGUCAAGGUCAAUAUUCACGGGGUCUCCAGAUCAUAAAGGUUACAAGCAACAGAGGUCACCAAGUCAAGGCCACAAAGUCAAGAUGGUCACAAGCCACGAGGUCACCAAGUCAAAAAGGUUACCAAGUCAAGAAAGUCACCAGAUCAAGAAGGUCACCAAGUCAAGGUCACCAGGUCAAGAAGAUCACCAAGUCAAGAAGAUUACCAAGUCAAGAUGGUCACCAAGUCAAGACGGUCACCAAGUCAAGAUGGUCACCAAGUCAAGACGGUCACCAAGUCAAGAUGGUCACCAAGUCAAGACGGUGACCAAGUCAAGACGGUCACCAAGUCAAGACGGUCACCAAGUCAAGAUGGUCACCAGGUCAAGAAGGUCACCAAGUCAAUAAAAUCACCAAUUUCUAAAGGUCACAAGCCACAAAGAAUCACUAGUCAUGAAGGUCACCAAGUCACCAAGUCUCACAAAUUAAAAAGGCCACCAUUUCUUAAGAUCACCAAGCUCAAGGUCACCAGGUCAAGUUCCAGUUCAAGAUCACCAGGUCAAUCACAAACUAAAUGGGUCACCAAAUUAACAAGGUCACUAGGAACAAGAUAACCAAUAAAUCACCAAGACAGAAAGGUCAUCAGGUCAAUGAGGUCACCAGGAAGGAUAAAAUGAACGAGUCUCCAAGUUAAGGUCAAUAGGAACCCCAGAAUCUACUAGGUCAAAUUCACCAUGUCAGUAGGUCAAAUGAUAAGGUCACCAGGUCAGGUCACCAGGUCAGGAUAGAUAACAGGUAUCUUAAUUGAUGUAUUUAAAAGGUUGUCUUUCAUAAAAUCACACAAAAAGAAAAAAAAAGGUCAAAUAUUUGUGAUUAUAAUGUAUAUAUGAUUAUUUAUUUACACAAUGAGAUUUUUCCCUUUUAUUCAUUAAGUUACAACAAUGGUGCUCACUUUUCUCGUUAUUUUUUUCUUAUUUUUUUCUUAUUUCUAUUAUUAUUAUUAUUCAGUGUGUAUCUUUUUUUUUUAUUAAGUUUGCCUUGUUAUUUAUUUUUACCAUUUUCUUUCUUUUAUUUC